AUGUGGUGCUACUUUUUCCUGGUCCUUCUCCAGGCGACAAUUGCGCUCGCCCAACAAUCAUAUGGCACUCUGCCCGAUACACCUCCCGCACACGCUUUCGAAUUUCACGGAUGCGCUUCUGUCAACCUAAACAGCUUCAGUGAUCCAAUCGUGUUCCUGGAUGUUCUUGUCGUUGCGGGAAUGAUGAAGGGUCUUUUACUCCGCUUCCUUCCGACGCAUGUGACCAUCCAUGUAUGGGAGAUCCGGAGCUCGGGAUAUGUGGUAGUGUCUGCCCAGAGAAAGGUCAAGAAAUAUCUACCAUUUACAUGGCCAAAGACGCUUUAG